GCCAACACACCAGAACUAUUGAUCGAGUAUCCAACGCAAUUGAUACCUGACAGCCAUGAAUAUCUUCAGAUUGCUAGGUGAUCUCUCGCAUUUGGCGAGUAUCUUCAUCCUGCUACACAAGAUACGGACAACGAAAUCCUGCGCAGGAAUUUCAUUCCGAUCACAAGCACUGUAUGUGCUUGUGUACCUUACAAGAUACCUAGACCUCCUCUGGGGCCCAUGGCUCCUUUACAACACCGUCAUGAAGCUCUUCUUCAUCGGAUCCUCCGUCUACGUUCUCUACCUCAUGAAAUUCGACUACAAGCCCUCUCAUGACAUGGGUCUCGACAACUUCAAGGUCGAAUACCUCAUCGGCGGAUCCUUCGUCAUGGCUCUUCUCUUCAACCUCGCCUUCACGUUCGACGAGGUGAUGUGGUCCUUUAGCUUGUGGUUGGAAAGUGUUGCUAUUUUGCCGCAAUUGUUCUUGCUUCAGCGGACAGGCGAGGCGGAGACCAUCACCACGCAUUAUAUCUUUGCGCUCGGCGCGUACCGUGCUCUUUAUAUUCCCAAUUGGUUGUACCGCUGGGUCAUGGAGGGUCGUGUGGAGUUCAUUGCGGUUUUUGCUGGUAUCAUCCAGACAAUUGUCUACGCUGACUUUUUCUACGUUUACUUUACCAAGGUUAUCCAGGGCCAGAAGUUCGAACUUCCUGCAUAAAUUAGGAUUUGAGGAAGGUGAGAUGAGCAUGCGUUUGGGACCUCCAUAAUAGCACAAACGUCAAUCAUAUUCAGUGCUCUACGUCGAUAUGAAUGGUAUCCCCUAC